AUGGCUGCUUCUACAGCUCACACAUUACUUCAAAUCAUCUUCACAUUUGGUGUAUUUAUUGCAUUUUCCAGUACUCCUGUCUUGUCUGAGCCCGUUUGUGUCUUGGGUUCCAGUGACAACCACCUGUUAUCCUAUCUAACUUUCCACGCGAGCCGAAAGUUUCAACAACUGAAGGGGGUUAGGAGUUAUCUGAGGAGGAUCAACAAGCCAGCAGUCAAGAUAAUUGAGAGUCCUGAUGGUGAUCUAAUAGAUUGUGUCCCAUCACAUCUCCAACCAGCUUUUGAUCUCCCUCAGCUGAAAGGACAGAAGCCACAGGAUCCACCAGAGAGACCAAAUGGCUAUGACUCCGCGGAUAUAUUGGCAGAGAGCUUUCAACUAUGGACUGAUUCUGGUGAAUCAUGCCCGGAAGGUACCGUGCCUAUCAGAAGAACUACAGAGAAAGAUGUCCGGAGAGCUGGUUCGCUGAGCAAAUUUGGAAGAAAAUCUUUCAAUGCACAGCUAACUAAGGUUAGCAGUGAUCAUGAGAAUGCUUUUGCCUUUGCUGGUGGAGAUCGCUACUAUGGUGCAAAGGUCAAUUUAAAUGUCUGGAAAGCUAAUGAGACAGACCUAUACAACUUCAGUGUGUCGCAAGCCUGGAUCCUUUCUGGCAUAUUUAGCUUACCUGUUGAUGAUACUGAUAUCAUUGAAGCCGGCUGGGAGAUCAACCCAAAGUUAUAUGGAGAUAAAUUCCCUAGAUUCUUCACGCAUUGGACGAAUGAUCUAUAUCUCACAAGGGGAUGCUACAACUUACUGUGUUCAGGCUUUGUGCAAACUAGCAACAGAAUUUCUUUAGGGGCAGCAAUCUCUCCAAGAUUAUCUCAAGGUGGCAGACAACUUGAUUUUGGAAUAAUGAUCUGGAUGGACAUUAAGCAUGGAAACUGGUGGCUUGAAGUCGGACCAGGUUUAGUUGUUGGAUACUGGCCAUCAACUCUGUUCACUCAUCUUAAAAGCCAUGUAGACAUGGUGCAGUUUGGGGGAAUGAUAGUCAGAACCAAAUCAGUGGGAAUGAAUUCAUCAGCCCUCAUGGGAACUGAUGAUCUUUCAGAUGAUGGAGUGAGCAAAGCAUCAUACUUUCGAAACUUGCAAGUUGUUGACUACUUCAAUAGCUUGAUUCCUUUAUCUAAUUUUCAACUCCUGACAAUUGAUGAUAUAAGUUGUUAUGAUAUAAAAGCUGGAAGAAAUGAUGUUUGGGGAAAUUACUUUCACUAUGGUGGUCCUGGAGGGAACCCACAGUGCCAUGGAGAGAAAAACAGCACAUCUGCGUAGAGGUAGUCCGGUCUGCAACUGUUGUCAAUCACCAUUCCAUUACUCUAUUCAGGCAAGAUCAGUUCAUGUAUAAUUUCAAUCAAAAAUGUUUCUUGAAAACUUCUUAUUUCCUGACCUUAUCCUAUAUAUUCUAGGCUUUACAUGGUUUA